AUGGUGACGAUUUUAUCAAAUCCUCUCUCUCCGAGACUUACAUUUCUAUGUGAAAGACUGUCGUUAUCACUCACUCCAAGAAUUUCGCAAUCUCGGAGUAGAAGCUCGAUCAGCUGUUCAUUGAGUGAAGAACCAAAUUACCAAAGCUUGAGUCGGAGAAGGCUUGUUUAUGUAUUGGUUACUUCGCCAUGUUUGUUUACGGCUUUACCUUCAUCCGCAAAGACAAAAUCUAAGAGCCCUUAUGAUGAGAGACGGUUGCUAGAACAGAACAAGAGGAUACAGAGAGAGAACAAUGCUCCCGACGAGUUUCCAAAUUUCGUUAGAGAAGGUUUUGAGGUAAAGGUAGUAGCUUCAGAUAACUACAUAAAGGCUGAUUCAGGCCUCAUCUAUCGAGAUUUCAGUGUUGGUGAAGGUGAUUCCCCAAAAGAUGGUCAACAGGUGACAUUUCACUAUAUUGGAUACAAUGAGUCUGGAAGGCGAAUUGAUAGUACCUACAUUCAGGGCUCUCCUGCUAAAAUCCGCAUGGGAACCAAUGCUCUUGUUCCAGGAUUUGAAAUGGGUAUUCGUGACAUGAAGCCCGGUGGAAAAAGAAGGAUUAUCAUCCCUCCAGAAUUGGGACCUCCGGUGGGACCAUCGACCUUCUUCAGCUCGAAGCAAUUUGAAGUAUUCGAUGUGGAGUUGCUAAGUAUCCAGAACUGUCAGAGGAGGACUAUAGGUUUCUACUCAGACGUCACCUGCGUUUAA